AUGACACGAAGGGCUACCUCCGCUAGCCGUGCGCUAGCGCUGUGUCAGCAUCUACAAUUUGAUCUGCUUCAAGGUGUGUCGGUAUGCCGCGGGUUCAUCGAAUGCGCUGACGACCCGAACUUCGAGCCGGCCACUGGUCUUCUUCAGUACCUGCAGUUCACUUGGCUUGGCACCCUGCAAUAUAUUAAUAUAAAGAGUGGCGCCCCCCACUUCUUCCGCGUCCCCCGUGUCGUGAUGAUCAGCAGGCGGUUCGUGCUGUCCGCUGCUGCUGAUGCAGCCGAUGUUCCUGAGGGGUAUGCUCUAGGCAACAUAGUCUUCGGGGACUACGAGAGAGAUGAAGAGGAGUGCGAUAUGACAGACGAGGAGGUGGCGAAGUCUGGCUCCUGCGACAUCUCUCUGCUGCUGAUGCCGAUAGCUGACGUACUCAUUCAUCCCGAAUACAAACACUUCAAGGUCAAACACAGCAUCGCUUUGUUGAAAAUGGUUACUAAUGUCCAGUCUAAGUAUAUGCUGCCGGUAUGUCUCCCGUUCAAGGACUUCGUCGCAAAGAAUGUAGAUGACAAGCAUAUGAUUGAUAAGUACUACCAUGUCGACUUCACUAGUGAGGUCCCCAGAGAUGUUGUCGACGAAUCUAAAUAUGUUGUUACACUUAACAUGGUGCCUAUAGACAAGUGUCACUUAUUGGAUGAUCGUAACCAGAACAAGACUGUUGAUGUCAGACUGGCCUGUUCCAAUUCAUGUGGUUUGCGGUCUGGAGCGCCGACUGUGGUUCAUGAACACACGGGACAUUGGAGCAUUGUUUCUUUGGCACAAGGCGGUUCCCCCUGUCCAGACCCCCUGAGGUCGGAGCGCUCGGCGCCUCCUCCAACGCAUACCAUGCUGUACCCCUACGUGCCGUGGAUCACCAGCGCCAUCAGCGGGAGGACAUACAGCAGCUUCUACAAGGACGACCCUUUCGGGUACAUAAUGCCGCGUACAUACUUGCCCAACAAGCUACGUGAGGCUAAGGGCUGGAUCGGAAAGUGGUGGAUGGGAGGCUUCCGCUGUUACGACCGUGGCAGUUUCGCAGACGACCUGUUCCGAUUCUACCACGAGCACUUCUCAGUUAACCCCGUCAUCGAGACGUAUCUCACUUACUACAUCGAGUUGGAUGCUCCUAACGACGUGUCCGUCGUGUGCGUGAAGGUCGGAGUUCCGUAUCGGCUGGCUGAACCCAAAGUAUUUGAAUUGGACACUUCCAGUAUAAAGCUGAUCGUGAAAUUGAAGAAGUUCACCAGGUCAUACAAAUUUGAAGUGGAAGCUUGGGGCAAAAAGAAAGGGUAGUUAUAGGUAAAAAGUAGAGAAGCAAUUUAGGUAGCAACAUAAUUCUAAACAUAAUAAUGAUAUA